AUGAAAGUUUUAUUUAUCUUUGCUUUCAUCGUAAUUUUUGCUACCAGCGCCAAAAUUGUACUUGGUGAUUGCUUAUCAGGCAGAUUUGGAGGUCCAUGUGCUGUGUGGGAUAACGACAGUUGUCGUAGAGUAUGCCAAGAAGAAGGAAGACCUAGUGGUCACUGCAGCCCUAGUUUGAAAUGUUGGUGCGAGGGUUGUUAA